GGCGCAGACCAGGUGGCCCACAAACCAAAGACGUCGAUGGUAGACGGUCGGUGGCAGACGGUUGAACUAUCCAAAAUUUCUGCACGUGCUAAUAUCCCGAACCAUCAAACGCAGAAGCUAGAGCGUUAAAAACAGCACCACCACCACCCGAGGACAACGAUUAACCAGUCUGAUCGUGUGAGAUCGUUCGCCCACUGGUCCGCCCGAAGGACCCAUGACUGGAUCUCCGGGUUGUUUUUUCCCAAAUUCUUCGCGAAACGGCAAAUGUGAUCAUUAACCUGAGCGUCUGCCCAAAGUGACAGUCUGUGUCUGUGUGUGUGCGUGCGCGCGUGUCAUCAUAUACCGGAAUAGCAAGAAUUCUUGCCUCCAGGGGUUUCGAGACCUGUGGCAAACAGUCUAGUGUGGUGUGAACUGUUGUACGAAGUGUUUGCUUCGAGCUGCUGCGCUUGUGCUCGUGAUCGUGAAGCGAAGUGUAGAGCGGUUUUGGUGUGACGGGACUUCUAGGCGAACUUUAUACCCGUGGUGCAAUUGUUGUGUGGUGGGCACAAUGACGGUCGCAACCACAACCGAAACCGUCCCCGGGACGGUCCUGGCCGCGCAGGAUGUUAACGUGACUAACGCACCGAAACCGGACGCGGGCAACGAUUUGAACAACAACUCGCACGGCAAGGACAUGGGCGACAGCAAGGAGCUCACCAGCAAGGAUCUGGACGACUAUCUGCAUCAUUACAACAAAUGGCAGCAGAGCCGGUUCGGCCGAGCCCUGCAGCAGUGGAUUGCGGACCAUCUCGGGCUGAAGUUCGAUGCCGAGAUCAAGUGGAAGAACGUGCUCAUGAUCGGUGGGCUACAUCUGACCACGGUCAUAAUGUUCUUCAAAUACGUCUGGUACUCGACGCUGACGACGUGGUUGUGGGGUUUCUUCGUCGGCGGCUGUGCCGGGUUCGGCGUUACGGCCGGCGCCCACCGGCUCUGGACGCACCGAGCGUACAAGGCGAAGCUGCCGCUGCGCAUCAUCCUGAUGUGCUGCUACUGUCUGUCCGGCCAGAACAGCCUGUUCGACUGGGUGCGGGACCAUCGCAUCCACCACAAGUACUCGGAGACGGAUGCCGACCCGCACAACUCGAACCGGGGCUUCUUCUACGCCCACGUCGGCUGGCUGCUGAUCCGCAAGCAUCCGGAGUGCAUCAAGAAGGGCCGGCUGAUCGAUAUGUCGGACGUGCUGGCCGACCCGGUGAUCCAGUUCCACCAGCGCUACUUUAUGGCGCUGAAGAUCCUGUUCACGUUCCUGGUGCCGUCCAUGGUGCCCUGGCUGUUCCUGGGCGAACCGCUCUACCUAUCCUUCCUGGCCAACUGUCUGCUGCGGUACGUGCUGACGCUCAACUUCACCUGGCUGGUGAACAGUGCGGCCCACAUCUACGGCAACAAACCGUACGAUAGUCGCAUCCGACCGGCCGAAAACCGUGCCGUAUCGAUCGUGUCGAUGGGCGAAGGAUGGCACAACUACCAUCACGUGUUCCCGUGGGACUACAAGGCAGCCGAGAUGGGCCAUUACUCGGUUAAUGUGACCACAUUCUGGCUAGACGUGUUCGCCAAGAUUGGCUGGGCGUACGAUUUGAAGGAACCGUCCAAGGAGCUGGUGCGCCGCACGUUGGAAAAAUACGGAGAUGGCACGCACAUUACGGCACCGAUCGGGCACCUGAAGGAGGUUCCCGAGCAGGAAACGACCAAAAGCAGAUAAAGAAGCCCGCGUGCGCCAUCUCCACCGGGCCAAUCUUCACAGGGUAAUCUUGUGAAAUUCGAUUUCACAACCGGAUGCUGGUGUUGGUGCAAAACAGAGCGGAAAAAAACUCAACGCGAUCCAACGGACGAGCAAAAAUAAAAACACACACACCCAGAAUGCUCUGGCACCAUCAAGGCGCUCCAAAUUAAUCUCAAGUGAUCGGGCGUUUU